CCGUACAAAAUUUGAAUUAAACGGUCCUUUCAGCUUCACCUUCCUCCGAUCGCCUUUCUAUAUGUGGCUCUCGAGCCUUUCCUCACUAAUGCUUGCAGGACGAAUAUCCCAAUUUCAAUAUAAACAGUUGAUUUAGAGGCUUUGGGAUUCUGCUACUGUUUAACAAAGCUAUGGCUGUUCUUCCUGCGGACAAAAAGCUGCCAAAGCGAGGAAGGCCUGCAAAGAUGAGGGAAAAUUUGCUUGGUGGAAAAUCUUUAGCUGUAAUAAAAAUGACUAACAAGCAAGUGAGAAACCCACUAGCUCUCCAUAAACGGAAGAGAGUCACAACAGCCAGUCUAUAUGAUAAUGAGGGAGUUAAAUCUGCAGUCUUGAAGCGAGCGGAAGAAGUUCAAGCAAAUCUAGUACCUGAAUUUCCUAGCAUGAUAAAAUGUAUGCUUCCUUCUCAUGUUUCAGGAGGAUUUUGGCUGGGUCUUAAUAAGCAAUUUUGCAAUGAGCAUAUGCCAAAACAAGACACGAUGAUUGUUUUGGAAGAUGAAAGUGGAAUAAAUUAUCAAACAAAGUAUCUUGUAGAGAAGGUAGGCCUUAGUGGAGGAUGGAGAGGUUUCAGCAUAGCUCACAAGUUACUGGAGGGCGAUGUCUUGGUUUUUCAACUAGUGAAGCCAACUAAAUUUAAGGUCUACAUUGUGAAAGCAAAUGGUCUAGAAGAAGUCGAUGGCGCUCUUGGCCUUUUGAAAUUGGAUGCUUGCAAGAAACAAAUGAGUCACGAGAAUCUGAGUACAGCUACUGAAGAAAUAGAAUAUGGAAGUGAGGAUUUUGGCUUUGAUGUUUUGGAUGGAAUCAGAUUGUCAGAAUCUGCUGUUGAUUUUAAUCAAGUGAAAAGUUUCAAGGAUUUUGACAUUCUCAUUAAUGGUUUAGUUAUAAACCCUGAGCUAUCCAAACACCUUCAAUCCAAGUAUUAUGAUCUUUGCUGCAGCCAAAGAUCAUUUCUCCAUGAGCAGCUUCUUGGGGGCCUUAAUUGUAAGCUGGCUGCAGGAGUAAUAGCGGAGACUAUUAACAUUGCUGAUGCCAUUAGAGCAUCCAAGCUUACCACCCCACCAGAAAGUUUUGUUACUUGGCAGAAGACUUUGAAAGCGUUCCAAACACUGGGAAUGAACAUCCACUUCUUGCUUGAUCGGUUGGAUCAGCUGAAAAGCCUUGCUGCAAAGUCAAAGAGGCAUAAGGAAGCUAUACUUGAAAGAGUUAAUGCAGAAGAGGAGAUGAGAACCCUUGAGAAAAGGCUUUUGGAAAUAAAAGAGAUAACUAGUAGACUUGAUAUCGAGAUUCAGCAGUUAGAAGGGAAUGCUGAGAAUUAUGAACUUAAGUUCCAAGAAUUGACUAAAGCCCCAUGGUGACCAAAAGCAUGAUAUUGCUAUUUAUAGUUUUUUGUUGGGAGCAAGAACCUCUGCUUUUCUAAGGUCAAUGGUUUUUGUGCAGGGAUGGAUGUACAUAUAACCAUCAACUGGUGAUUUUGGCAAAGAAAAUACUCGCUAGCAACGUUUAAGAGAGUAUUUUCUACUCGGAUAGAUUGAGACUAAUCUUUCUUUCUUUCCUAGUUUUUAUUUUUUGGGUUUCCCCAUGACAGGAAUGUAAUUGUUCUAUCGACUAACAGAAGUGUUGACUAAUUGCAAGUGGGAAUUUCUGUCCUGAUUCGAAGUUGUUGAACAGAAAGUUGUAAUCAAGAAAGUUUCUGAUUAACAAA